UGGCCCAGGACGCUGCUGCUGGGGGCCCAAGCCUCAGAAAAACCCCUCUGGGCACCUGGGAAGCCAGGGCGCCAGGCCAGCUCUGUCCCCCCUCCCCCACCCCUGUGGCCGCGUGAUCAUCAGGAAGUCCUCGCCCUGCUGGAGCUUCGGGCUCCCCAUCUGGGCUCUGAAUGAGAUGGACCUCCUUGGGGUCUUGUCCCUCUGAUGUCCCCGCACCCGCCCAUUCCACACCACGUGAGGGAGAGCUCUGGUCACCCCCGUGUUAGAGGAACACGGCAGCCUCUGACACUUGGGUUGGACCGCGGGUUCUCUGAACACAUCCCAAGGCCCCGAGCCAAUCAUUUAACUUCUCUGAGCCUCAGGCGUCUUGUCUAUAAACUGGGAUGAAAAGUUUUUAAUCUUGAAAAGAGACGGUGAGGCUGGAACAAGUUGCACAUAACCUGCCUGGCUGCCAGUGUACGGCAGCCUCUGUGUCACUGGAGGGAUUUGGUCCCCGCAUUGCUGGAUGACAACGUCAGGAGGAAACCGAGGAAUUGAUAGGUGGAGAAGCACAUGCGGGAGGCCGUGACCUGUGUGUCCUCAAGCGAGCUCUCUUCCCCAAGCCCCUGUUUUUUCAUCUGUGAAAGGCUCCCGAGUUGGCCGGGAGCCCCAAGGAGACAGACGUGCUGCUGUCUCCGUGCGGCGUUGUCCACGGCAGGGUGGUAGGACUGCAGGAUUAAAAGAGCAGGGAACAGGAGGGGGGUGUGGAAGGCAAACUCUGGCCACUUAGGGGAAAAUCCUUUGGCGAGGCUGAAGCUAAUCCUCCUUGGAUGGGGUCCAAGGCCUGCUUUCUCCCAAGUUCCACCCAGAAGCCGUUGGCGUGACGUCAGAAGCCGGAGGCAUGGCCUGCCUGCGGGUCUCGUGGAGAGACGGAGGCCCAGAGCGAGGGAGGGCCGGCCUUUGUGGGCUCUCUGGGAGGGGCUGGGAGGCCAGGUGCUCCGUGGGGUCCCGGAGCCGGGCGUCACAGAGGUCCCUUUGCUGCCUUCAGCUUGGCGCUCAGCGUGUAGCUCGAGGAACUGGGAGAGAGAGAGCAGGAGAGAGGAGGGGGAGUCCGUGUGUGUUGGGGCUGGGGUCCGAGGGCAAAGACACCACGUCGACCCCCCUGCAGAACAGCGAGGGGGAAUCUGCCUUCCUAGACUUGCGCCCAGAUACCAGAUCCACACGGGCCUUCAGCACUCCAUCAUCCGCCCUCGGCAGCCCAACUGCCUGCCCCUGGACCAGGUGACGCUGCCGCAGAGGCUGCAGCAGCUGGGUUACGCCACGCACAUGGUGGGCAAGUGGCACCUGGGCUUCUACCGGAAGGAGUGCCUGCCCACGCGCCGGGGCUUCGACACCUUCCUGGGCUCCCUCACCGGCAACGUGGACUACUACACCUACGACAACUGCGACGGCCCGGGGGUGUGUGGCUUCGACCUGCACGAGGGCGAGAGCGUGGCCUGGGGGCUCAGCGGCCAGUACUCCACCCUGCUCUAUGCCCAGCGCGUCAGCCGCAUCCUAGCCGGCCACAGCCCCCGGCGGCCGCUCUUCCUCUACGUGGCGUUCCAGGCCGUGCACACGCCCCUGCAGUCCCCGCGCGAGUACCUGUACCGCUACCGCGGCAUGGGCAACGUGGCGCGGCGCAAGUACGCGGCCAUGGUCACCUGCAUGGACGAGGCCGUGCGCAACAUCACGGGCGCCCUCCGGCGCUACGGCUUCUACAACAACAGCGUCAUCAUCUUCUCCAGUGACAACGGGGGCCAGACCUUCUCGGGGGGCAGCAACUGGCCGCUGCGAGGGCGCAAGGGCACCUACUGGGAAGGGGGCGUGCGGGGCCUGGGCUUCGUGCACAGCCCCCUGCUCAAGCGCACGCGACGGACCAGCCGCGCGCUGCUGCACAUCACCGACUGGUACCCGACCCUGGUGGGCCUGGCAGGGGGCACUGCCUCGGCGGCCGACGGGCUGGACGGCUAUGACGUGUGGCCCGCCAUCAGCGAGGGCCGGGCCUCGCCGCGCACGGAGAUCCUGCACAACAUCGACCCCCUCUACAGCCACGCCCGGCACGGCUCCCUGGAGGGCGGCUUCGGCAUCUGGAACACGGCCGUGCAGGCCGCCAUCCGAGUGGGCGAGUGGAAGCUGCUGACGGGGGACCCCGGCUACGGGGACUGGAUCCCGCCGCAGACGCUGGCCGCCUUCCCCGGCAGCUGGUGGGACCUGGAGCGGAUGGCCAGCGCCCGCCAGGCCGUGUGGCUCUUCAACAUCAGCGCCGACCCCUACGAACGGGAGGACCUCGCGGGCCAGCGGCCGGACGUGGUCCGGGCCCUGCUGGCCCGCCUGGUGGACUAUAACCGCACUGCCAUCCCCGUCCGCUACCCGGCUGAGAACCCCCGGGCCCAUCCGGACUUUAACGGGGGCGCCUGGGGGCCCUGGGCCAGCGACGAGGACGAAGACGAAGAGGAGGGGGCCGGCAGGGCGCGGAGCCUCUCCCGGGGGCGCCGCAAGAAAAAAUGCAAGAUUUGCAAGCUGCGGUCCUUUUUUCGUAAACUCAACACCCGACUGAUGUCCCAGCGGAUCUGACGGCGGCGGCGGCGGCGGCGGCUGGGGGCGGGGGGACGUCCCCCCGCGAGCCUGGCCCUGCUCUUCUCCAGGGAAGGGCCCCAGCUCACGCUCUCUUCUGCAGGGAGAUGAAGGGCGCAGAGCUCCUCCGUUGGAGGGUGGGGGGCCGGUUUGGGGUCGGGGGAGAAUAGACUGAACUGGGGGUGCUGGGUCCCCGGCUCGCCUCCACUGACUUGCUCUGUGACCGCCUGGGACCUGCGUGAGCUCUCCGGGCCUCAGUCCCUCGGCGGGAGAGGGAGCUCUGUGGUCCAGACGUGGUGCCUGCGGCCCUGCCGGUGUUCCCGCCGCCUUCGUCACCUCCCAGCUGGUUGAAGGUCUUGCCCCGGAGCCCUGGCCCUGCCCCGGAGAGCUUCGUGGCCAAGGGGACCACCCAGAGGCGGUUCCAGGCCUGGACCCCAGCGGAGGCGCAGUGCUCUGGCCACUCUCUGAGGGGGGCCUGUGUUCUGAGCGUGGAGGUGCCAGGCCCCCGGGGUGACCUUCCUGGAUCUGAUCUCCACGUGGCCUGGGCCAGUCCUGGGGCCAGGCUGGUGGGGGGGGGGGGGUAGUGGAGACGAGCGCCCCUCCCUGCAGAGGGAGCUCCACACCGGCCACCAGGCCGUCGGCCGUCAGGGCUCAGUCCUUUUCCUCUUGGCCUCCAUGUCCUGCCUGCAAACGGGGUGCGGGCCCUGGCCCUGCCUGCUCGCCGGCCUGUAAAGGACCAGCCGAGGUAGCGGUUGGUUGUGGGGGAGCCCGUGAACGCGAUUAAAACACGGUGAUGCACAA